UUUUUUUUCGGUGCUUGUUUAAUCAAAGCUUGCUAUUUGGUACUUUUUUUUCUUUGUUGGAUUGAUGAUCGCUUUUGUGUGGGAGAGGUUCGAACGUGUCCGGAAUUUUAUCGUUUCUGAAGGUUUUUUUUUUGUUUUUUAGAUCCUGAUCUGUUGUUCGAGGUUUUUGGAUUUUACGAAUAGUAUAUGUGUGCUUUACUUGUGCUAUCCUGAUGUGAUGACGCCAUUUCGCUGACGAUUUGUGCCGUUUUUUUAAAAAAAAAUUUAUUCGAUUCCCCAAUCGAAGAAAUCCACAGGAAACCAAUAUUAUUUGGACUUGCGUAUUAAUCGCGAGCUAGUAACCGCCUGAUUGGCCGCAUGCGCCAUCGAGAGAAAAUUGGGGAUUAUUUUUUCAAGUUUUUUUUUCAACACUAGUGACCCUAAUUUUCGGUUCGAUAUUUGAAAUUUCCCCAUCCGAAAUUUUCUCUUCCUUAAAUUUCGCCGUCUCGAGGAUUUAACACUAGAGACCCUAAUUUUGCUGCUCAGGCGAAGGAUUGGGGGAGGGGGGGGGGGGGGGGGGCGUCGUGAUGGACCUCGAUUUCGUCGCCGCCUCGCCGGCCGGAAGCAGGUGGAUGGCCGAGUCGGCGGCGCGGCGGCGGCAGCAGCGCCGCUUCUCGUCGCCGUCGCUGAGGGCCUACCUCACGCCGGCCUUCGACGCCGUCGCCGCCGGCGUGGACGGCGUCUCCCCGUACUCCGGCUCCGCGUCGUCGUCGGGCGGGAUGGACCUCGGGCUCGACGACUCGCUCCUCCGCUACCGCCGCGCCUGCUUCUCCUCCGCGGCCACCACCGACCUGGACCACCGCCUCCUCGUCUACUCGCCGCAGUCCGCGCCGGUGUACCCGCCGCCGCCGGCCGGCGACGUGGUGGUUGCUGGAGGUUGUCGGUAUGACUCCAAGCGACAGGCGGGCGGGCAGACAGGUGCUCCAGGUUAUCAAGACUUCAACGACAUCAGUUCUCUCUUCUCCCCAUGGCAGCCAAGUGCCGAUCAUCCUACUGCCACAGCUCGAGGCAUCCCCAACAAGCCACCUGCUGACAUUCGAUCACGGGAAGAUACUGUCAUCCAAGCAGCCAGGGCAGAGCUUUCAACACCAAAACCUGAUGAAGCAACAACACCUUCAGCUCAGCCAGCAUCUGCGCAGGCAGAGCCAAUUGAGGAGGAUGAAGAGUUGAUAAUUCAAACUCUUUAUGGUCAAAGCAAUGGACGCAGGCUGCCCAUUUUCAGAAGCAUCUGCCCGGAAUGAGUGGUGGCCAUUCCCAAGACCUCAUCAUCUCAACACUAUCAAAUUUGUUCUGUAUAUUCUCCUGUGUCUCACCUGUAUGCAUACUUACUAGUAGUAGUAAGCAGUAAUUACUCCCAGAAGAGUUUUUCUAGUUUCCUAGGAGAGAAUCUCUCUUUCUCUCUACAUAUUUAGGUGAGGAAAUUAGGAAAUUAUGCUGUAGUUAAGCCGCAUCUGAACCAUUUGCUUGCCGCUGGUUAGCCUGGUUUGAAGUUAAAACCUUUGCUAUGCAUUGGAAGACAACUGUCCUGGUAUGUACUGCAAUACCUGUUCCUCUGCUUUAGAAAUGCUCCUAUAGUACAAUACGUCAUAAUUAUAUUGUACUAUAUUAUCCUUCAAAAAAUAGUAUAAUACGUCAUUUCUGUCA